AAUGGUUGUCUUUCGAAAGUGUUUCUCAACUUGGGGGUUGUGGCCCUCAGGGAGGUCGGGGGACGGGUUUAGGCGGGGUCGCAAGUGGAGGGCCUGCGUUAGAAGGUGGGAAGCAGGGCCAUUGCCCAGGGCCCCUCUGGCCGGGGCUGAAGCAUGUAACUUAGCUUCGCUGGGCUGUAUUUUCAGAUCUGUUUGAAAACCGUUUUUAAAAUGAGUAAAAUACUAACCCAGGCCAGUGCUUCUGACAAUAACACUAAUGAAAAGCGAAUGGAGGCCCCCCUUGAGCUGCCAAUUGCUGAGUCUCCUUACGCCCAGCACGGCAUUGGCAGGGUGGGGGGCAGGUCAGGAGUCAGACGAGUCACUGGCCCAGCAGCGCCGGAUUCUCUUUCUCCCCGGCAGCCACAGAGAAGCGAGUUGCUGGAGAGGAACAGGGUGUGGGCGAGGGAUGGCCCCUCCCAGGAAAUCUGAUUUUAAACUCCUGUGGCUUAAGGUUUUGCAGUACAGGCUGACGACUCCCCCGGGCCCUGACACCAUGUACACAGCGAUCCCCAAAAGCGGCUCCCCCUUCGAUGCCUCGGUGAACCAGCCAGGCCUGCACAUCUGGCGGGUGGAGAAGAUGAAGCCGGUCCCGGUGCCGGCAGAGUCCAAGGGCAUCUUCUACUCGGGGGACUCCUACCUGGUCCUGCACAACGGGCCGGAGGAGCAAGCCAACCUGCACAUCUGGAUCGGCCAGAGCUCCUCACGGGAUGAGCAGGGGGCCUGCGCCGUGCUCUCCACCCACCUCAACACCCUGCUGGGCGAGCGGCCCAUCCAGCACCGCGAGGUGCAGGGCAACGAGUCCGACGUCUUCAUGGAGUACUUCCCCCACGGCAUCAAGUACCAGGAGGGCGGUGUGGAGUCCGCCUUUCACAAAACCCAGUCCAGCCAGGGCUCCGGGCCCAUCCGCAAACUCUACCAAGUGAAGGGCAAGAAAAACAUCCGGGCCACCGAGCGGGAGCUGAGCUGGGCCAGCUACAACACCGGGGACUGCUUCAUCCUGGACCUGGGCGACACCAUCUACACGUGGUGCGGGGAGACAUCCAACAUCCUGGAGCGCAACAAGGCCCGGGACCUGGCGCUGGCCAUCCGGGACAGCGAGCGGCAGGGCAAGGCCCGGGUGGAGAUCGUGUCCGACGGGGAGGAGCCGCCCGAGAUGAUCCAGGUGCUGGGUCCCAAGCCUUCUCUGAGGCAGGGCAGCCCCGAGGAGGACGUCACGGCGGAUCAGAAGAACGCGGGGGCAGCUGCUCUCUAUAAGGUGUCGGACGCGACGGGGAAGAUGAACCUAACCAAGGUGUCCGGGAGCAGCCCCUUCAGCCAGGGCCUGCUCUGCACCGACGACUGCUUCGUCCUGGACAAUGGCCAGUGCGGCAAGAUCUACGUGUGGAAAGGGCGCAAAGCCAACCAGCAGGAACGGGAGGCAGCCCUGAAAGUGGCUGAGGAUUUCAUCUCCCGUAUGAAGUAUUCCCCAAAGACCCAGGUGGAGAUCCUGCCCCAGGGCCGUGAGAGUCCCCUCUUCAGGCAGUUCUUCGCGAGCUGGAAGUGAACCUGGGGCCUGCCCCAAGGCUGCCCGGCGCUGCUUCGUCUCCGGGCCUGCCCUCCGCUCUGUAGCCACCAGGCAUCUCAUUAAAUGACCUGCACGGGGACCCGUCUGCCUCCUCUCGCCUCCUUCCAUCGUCCGGGGCGGCUGCGGCCUUUGCUCUGCCCUCGUGGGGGGGGGCUGGAGAGAGAUUUGGAAGGGCAGGGCCUGGAACCAGGCACGGUGCCAUUUUCCCCCUCAGCCCCGGUGCCAAGCAGCGAUGGCAGCUCCUGGCCUCCGGGAGUGUGUGCGCCAGUCCAGGCCUGAGACGUGACAGCCGCCCACGGGGAGAGAUGUGGGGAAUGAGGGUCCCCAAGCGAGGGAUCAGAUGGCCGGGGGGCGGCUCCCAGGCACUGACGCUGAAGGCGCCCAGGAGCUAACGUAGCAUCUCCCGGCUGGGCAGAGGCUGAGCGGUGUUUGGCCGCCGCAUGCCGGAGAGAUCCUGCGAGGGGGGGACUGCGAGAGGCCACGGCCGCUCAGCAGAUCCAGGCUAAGGCAGGGGAUGGAGAGAGGGGCCAGGCUCUGGGGAGCUCAUGUGGGAGGUGGGGCAGGGUUUAGCAGAGUCCAGCUACAGUCUGUUACUGUGGGAGGCUGCCCAGGGCUGGAGCCAGCGACCGGAGGCCAUAGGGCUCUCUGCUCUAGAGCUGCCCCUUGCAGCCUGGGGGCCUGUCUCUGAACAGGGCCAGCACCAGAUGCUUCAAAGGGGGGAGCCUUGCUACGGGGCCAGGGACUCAUAGCCUGGGGCACGGGCACCACAAGCCAUUGGUUGGCCUGGUUCUAACAGAAGUGCUGGCUCGAGGCUGCUCCCACUCUGGGCCUCACGCGGCUGUGGCCGGCUUCACCUCUGCCCCCAGGCCGGAGGGCAGCCCUGGGGACGUGGACGGGUGUGCAAACGCACUGGCCCAGCAGGGCUCGGGCUGGGCAAGAGAAGCACUGAGCAGAUACAGGCCCCGGGGCCCCUUCGACCUGCCACCCCAUGGAAGGGCCAGGGGGAGGAAGUCCCCUCUGGGCAGGAGGGCAAAGGGCCGGGUCCCAUCCCAGGGGCAGGCGGCAGCGGCUGCUCGGGGCUCCUGGGUCAUUUUGGGCACAUUGGGGCUGUUUGCCCAGCGCCGCAGUGGGGCCAGCGGCUUCAUGGGACUCGGAGAAAGCCCUGGAGGAAGCGGGAGGGAAGGGAGGAGGGAGCUAGCAGUGCUCAUGGGGCAGGGACUUUCUCUCGCUGCCGGGGGGACACGGCCCCUGGGCGCUGAGCACCACCCCCAGAGCACAGAGGCCGGCUGGGAGCUGGCAGGGCAUGGGGCAGGCCCAGGCCACAGGGCACCUGGUGUAUAAUUUAGCUUCCUGGUCUGCAAGCUAAGCUGGAGUGGAGCAUCCGCCCCUCCUCUCCAUUCCUGCCCCCGGGUCAGCGCUGAGGGGAC